AUGAGGGAGCUCGGAGAGAUGGGACUGAAGCUUCAAAGUGCAGUAAAAAUUCAGCGGUUAGCUGUGGAAACGUCCGAUUUGUCCAAGUGUGAUCCCGAGAAGGUUCGAGAGGAGGCCUUUAAGAUCAGACCAGCGUCAAUGAGACAGGCAAAAGCUGGCCACGAGAAAACAGCCGAAAUCAAGACUGCAGAGCAAUCUAGCGUCGAUGUCGACUUGGAACCGGCUGAUGUAGCUGAAGAAAAAGUGGACUCCGAGGCUAUUCAAAGUGAAAGGGCCGCAAGGAGACCACCGCCUGUGAACAGUGGCGUUCUGCCACUGCCAUGGAAAGGCCGAUUAGGAUAUGCUUGUCUUAACACAUACCUUAGAUCAGCUGGCACUCCAGUCUUUUCGUCCCGAACCUGCCGCAUUGCGUCGAUCAUUGAUCAUAGAUAUCCUCUUCAAGAUCCAACGCAGCCUGAACAUGCUACCAAAAACCGGCCCGACAAGACACAGUCGCCAGAUAUUCAGCGCGGGAGGGAAUUUGUCCAGGAGCUGGGUCUUGCAAACGCCAGAGAUAUUGUCAAGAUGCUGCGAUGGAACGAAAAGUAUGGCAUCAAAUUCAUGAGACUUAGCAGCGAAAUGUUCCCUUUUGCGAGCCAUGAGGAACAUGGUUACAAGCUCGCCCCAUUCGCGGCCGAUGUGUUGGCAGAGGCGGGCAAAGUAGCCGGUGAGCUUGGCCAUCGCCUGACAACACACCCGGGCCAGUAUACGCAAAUUGCCAGCCCCAGAAAAGAGGUCAUCACCGCUGCUAUCAGGGACCUCGAGUAUCAUAACGAGAUGCUGUCGCUGUUAAAACUUCCGGAGCAGCAGGAUCGAGACGCUGUCAUGAUCCUGCACAUGGGCGGUACGUAUGGUGACAAGGCGGCUACUCUGGAUCGCUUUCGCGAAAAUUAUGCCACGUUGUCAGAUGGGGUGAAGAUGAGGCUGGUUCUGGAAAAUGAUGAUGUCUCUUGGAGUGUCCAUGAUCUGCUACCGAUCUGUGAAGAGCUCAACAUUCCUCUGGUACUGGAUUAUCAUCAUCACAACAUAAUUUUCGACCCCAGCAUUCGCGAGGGGACAUUGGAUAUCAUGGAUCUCUAUGAUCGCAUCGCAAAAACCUGGACGAGAAAAAACAUCAAGCAGAAGAUGCAUUAUAGUGAGCCAACCGCAGAGGCCAUCACGCCACGAGAUCGGCGUAAGCAUUCAGCGCGCGUUAAGACGCUGCCACCUUGUGCAGCAGACAUGGACUUGAUGAUCGAGGCGAAAGACAAGGAGCAGGCAGUAUUCGAACUCAUGAGGACGUUCAAACUUCCCGGAUGGAACCUAUUCAACGAUAUCGUUCCCUAUGAACGGGACGAUGAGCCUAGAAAAGAGUCGAAAAGAACCAAGAAGGAGAAGAAGAGCGGCAAUACUGACGAGGCUGGAGAGGAAGCUGCUAAGCUCAUCGAGGAGCUCACUUGGAAGGAGAUAUCGAGACCAGCUCUAACGAAGGGCUGGUUCAAGGCGCUUCCUGGAUCAACGUUUUCUGAGCUUAUUGAGAUCACUGACCUCCGAGCGAGAAAUGCCGGCCGCGGUAUAGUGGAUGACAAGCCGCAGCAGGAUCCUUGGAGCAUCCUGAUAAUUAUCAUGAUGUUUGAGUAUUUUAAGGGAGACGAGUCGAAAUGGAAGCCGUACAUGGACGUCCUUCCUGCAUCUUUCGAGACGCCCAUGUUUUGGUCUGGCGCUGAGCUCGACGAACUUCAGGCGAGCGCUACGCGGACAAAGGUCGGCAAGGCUGAUGCUGAGGAAAUGUUUCACGCCAAGGUCUUGCCUGUCAUCCGUGCAAAUCACGAAAUCUUUCCAUCUAGCCAGUCUUACAGUGACGACGAGCUUGUCCAACUGGCUCACCGCAUGGGAAGCACCAUAAUGUCCUACGCUUUCGACUUUCAGAAUGAGGAUGAAGAAGACGAAGAAGACGAAGAAGAAUGGGUCGAGGAUCGCGAGUCCAAGUCUACAAUGGGUAUGGUGCCGAUGGCUGAUAUUCUCAAUGCUGACGCCGAGUAUAAUGCACACGUCAACUAUGGAGAUGAUGCUCUUACCGUGACAGCAUUACGGACUAUCAAGGCCGGAGAGGAAAUCCUGAACUACUAUGGCCCUCACCCCAACUCAGAGCUUCUCCGCCGUUAUGGCUACGUAACGCCGAAGCACUCUCGUUAUGAUGUUGUUGAGCUUCCAUGGAAAUUGGUCGAGAAUUCCUUGGCAGCAAGCCUGGGCUUGUCGGAACAGCAGUUGGACAAUGCACGAGAGUACUUGGACAUGGAUGAAAUCGAGGAUACGUUUGUUUUGGACCGAGAAUCAGACGAGCCUAACCCGGACGGCACGUUUACUGGUUCGGCUAGGUUUAGCGACAUACCAGAGGAUCUUCGGGAUCAGCUCAAACUGCUUCUCAAAGCUGUUCGCAAAGUAGAUCCAUCAAGUGUUGCCGACAAGCGAAAACGCGAUGAGAUCCAGCAUUCCGUGCUCAUCAAAGCGCUUGAUGCUUUGGCGUCGCAGUAUCCAACGACCAUUCCUGAGGACGAGCGGAUUCUUUCCGGCAGCGACAUUAGCGAGCGGCAAAGAGCCGCUGUUACCGUGAGGCUAGGGGAAAAGCGAUUGAUCGAAGAGGCUAAAAGCUACUUGUCAGGCAUUGCUUCGGAUACCGCUUUGGAGGAGACUUCAGCGCCAAAUAAGAGGGCCAGGCGGUCGGAUUGAAACGACAUAUCGAUUUAUGGUGGCUGGCCCCUCACAAUGAAGACCGCUCAGCUUUUAUGCGUAGGAUAACACCAUUCCCGGAACCAACCGGAUCAACAUUGGAAUCUUGGGCGGUAAAAGGGAAAAAAAAAUCAAUAUAUCACAUGCGUAACCAGGCGGCCCGAUCAAGAUGUUCAUACAGAGCCUCAAUUUUAGGGUCCACACGGUCGCGCGGACCACUUAGUACCUACCUGGCAAGGCAACCAAAAAUAAGGCAACCCGUCAGUGAUUUUGUCAGAAAAAUUCUUU